GAUUUCUUCAUUUCCUUUCAUCAUCUCGCUCAGCGUCACGUAUGGCAGCUCUACGACAAGCUGCCUGUCGCUCGCUCUUCACACCACUGAAGACUCAUAAUGUGUCGAGAAACUUAUUCACAAAAGCAUCGCCUAUUCGUCGAUCACCUAUAACAGCUGGAAUUUAUGCAACUGCACUGGUACUCUCCACAGGUCUUUUUGCCGUGUAUUAUUUCGAUGCACGCUCAGCACUCCACAGAUAUGUAAUCAUGCCUGUGUUGAGGCAAACUUUGGACGCCGAGACCAGUCAUAAAAUCGCUGUAAAGGUCUUGCGGAGCGGUCUUGGGCCCAAGGAUCCUGUCACUGACGAUGAACACCUCAUGUUUGAAUUAUGGGGACACCAAAUCUCGAAUCCCAUUGGACUAGCAGCCGGUUUCGACAAAGACGGGGAAGCAAUAGAUGGGCUUUUUGAUCUCGGUUUUAGCUGGGUGGAAAUUGGCAGUAUCACGCCUAAGCCUCAGCCAGGCAAUCCCAAGCCACGCGUGUUCCGUCUCCCAGAAGACAACGCCAUCAUCAAUCGCUACGGUUUCCCUUCCCAAGGUCAUGCGACCGUAUUUUCUCGUGUCCGAGCGCGUCUUCCCAAAUUCCUCACCGGAGAAGAAACCAAAGCCUCUCUUCGGGACGGGUCUUUGCUAGCCGUUAAUUUGGGCAAAAACAAAGAAUCUCCGGCUGACUCAAUCGAUGAUUUCGUUGCGGGGGUUAGAACAUUUGGGCCCUUUUCAGAUGUGCUAGUGGUGAACGUUUCGAGCCCUAAUACACCUGGUCUAAGGGGGCUACAGAGCAAAGCGUCACUAGAAGCGUUGCUGACGGGUGUCACCCAGGCCAGAGACUCCCUGCCUCCAUCUUAUCUCACCUCUCAAAGGCCUCGCUUGGUUCUCAAGAUCGCCCCAGACUUAGAUCAGUCUCAAAUAGAAGAUAUUGCAAAUGUCAUCAAGAAUACUGGGAUUGACGGUGUCAUUGUUAGUAACACGACUAUUCAACGACCAUCACAUCUGCUAAGUGCUUCCCGCACUGAAAAUGGGGGACUUUCUGGGCCUCCCAUCAAACCAUACACUUUAACCGCUUUGAGGACAUUGCGAGCCAAUCUUCCUCCUCAUAUACCGAUCAUUGGUUGUGGAGGAAUAUCUAAUGGGGAAGAUGCCCUUGAAUAUGCUCGUGCUGGUGCUACGAUGGUACAGGUCUAUACUAGUUUUGGUUAUGAUGGCGUGGGCACAUGCAGAAGAAUAAAGGAUCAGAUCGUGGAGACUCUGCAGAAAGAGGGCACGACCUGGGCGGAGAUUGUGAAGAAAUCCGUGGACGAAUAUAGCUUGAGAGAAAAGCUCCCCGAGGCCAGAGACGGUCAGGGUACGGUGAAUCAGUUGAUUGAAGAGGCACAACAUCUCAACAAGCUACUGGAUGAACUUGGGCGCAAGAUGGACUCAGUGAACGAUCGUACCAUAGUAGCGGCUUUUUAACUGU